AUGUUCGCAACAUUCAUUGGACCCGGUUACACUAAUCUGCACCUUGUCCGUGUGAUGGGGUGGACAAGUACCAAUUAUUAUAUACUCUUCAUCGCGAGUCAAAUCUUGCAAAAUAUCACUACAGCGUCCGUCAAAACAAACAAUUUGGAAACAGUGAGCCACCACGCCGUACCUUGUCUCAACCAAGAAUUAUACCCUGACAGCGAAGACUGCAGAUAUUACUACAGAUGCAACCAAUGGAAUUUGGACCAUAGAAAAUGUCCAGGAACGACUGAAUUUGAUCCAAUUUACCGUUGGUGCAUGCCUCCAAAAAUAGCGAAAUGCAAAUUCAAGAAACCCUACAUCAUAACAACAACACCGAGGAAUUGUGACGACAAUAACAAUUCUCCACAAAAGAAUCAUACUACUAUUGUAACGACAUUUUCUGAAAUGGAACGAACGACAGAAGCAAUCUCGAUGGAAAUUACCAAUAUAACAUCGACAACACCGAGUGAGCUUCCCAGUUCAACGCCAAUAACGACAAGUGAACCAGAAACAUCAUCGUCAUCAACAGCCAAAUCAUUCUCGAAUCAAACAGCUACAAGUGAUGGACCACCAUCGGAACUGACAACAAAUGCUUCAACGACAUUGAGUGGACUAACCUCUACAUACCCAAAAGAAGCGAGUACAAAUGCUAUUGAACCAACUAUCACAAUGAUUAGUGAAACAACAAACUCAGCAAAAGAAUCAAUUAAAACAACAAACGAAUGGACUACAAAAGUUCCAAGUAAACCAAUUACCGUAUUACCAGGUGAAACAACUACAACGACGACGAACAAGUCAACUAUUACAACGAUAAGUGAUUCAACAGUUUUGCCUAGUGAAUUAACUACUGUAAUCUCAACAACGUCAUCAAUAGAAUCAACAACUACGACAGAAAAAUCAACUACAAUAUAUGAAUCAACACCUAGAAAGUCAAAUGAUCCAACUAUAAAGCCUAAUGAAUAUAUUACUACAACAAUAAAUAAUUCAACUGUGAUACCUGAGACAAUCACCACAACAUCAGAUGUAUUAACUUCAAAAAGUUCAAGUACUUCAACUAUUAAAUUGUCAAAUGAAUCAACAACAAUACCAAAUACAGAAAUCCGCACAACUCCGAAUGAUUCAACCACUAGCAGAAUAAACAAAUUGACUACUCCAAUGACAAACGAAUCAACUACAAUGACCAGAGAAUCGACUAUAACAACGACGAGGGAAUCAACUACUGUGAAUCCACGAGUAUUCACUACAAAGUUAUCAACAGAUUCAACUUUCACAAUACCAAGUGAAUCCACCAUAACGCCUACUGAUGAAACCGAAAAUGAAACCACCCGUACUACACGAAGUGACUCAACUGAUAAAAAAACCAGUGCAACUACAUCAACAACAAAUGAAUCGACGACUGUAGCUAUAAGAGAAACACAACACACAACGUCUAACAGUUCAACUCUAAUUUCUAGUGAAUCAACUAUUAAAACGCCAAGUGAAUUAACUACAAAAACUUCAACCGGUUCAACUAUCAUAAUUCCAAGUGAAUCAACUAUAACUCUGAGUGAUAAAACUACUGCAAGGCCAAAUGAAACAAUCCAUACUACACCGAUUGAAUCGAUUAGUACAAAAAUAAGUGAAACUACAUCAAAGACUAAUAAACUAACAACUGCAACGACAAACGAUUUAACUACAAUGCAUAGUGAAUUAACCACUACAACGAUAAGGGAUUCAAACACAAUGCCUAUUAAACCAACAACUACAACUCUAAACGCGUUAACUACAAAAUCAUCAACUAAUUCAAUAAUUACAGUACCAAAUAAAUCAACUACAACGCUUAGCGCUAGAUCUACUGCAACGCGAGAUGAAACAUCCCGUACUACACUGAAUGAAUCAACCACUAGAACCACAAACACACAAGAUGAAAUAACUAUUACAUCAAGUGAAUCAUCAACAGAGUCACAAACUAAACGAAUGAUUUCAUCAACAACAACCCCGAGUAAAUCUACCGCUUCAACAUCGUCACCAUACCCUAAUAAACUUUGUGAGCGAGACCAUAUGACGGCAGAUCCUUUCAACUGUCGUCGAUUCUACUUUUGUAAUAAUGGUAAAUUACAACAAGAAACAUGUAUGGGACAGUUUCUGUUCCAUCCAACAAAAUUAGUCUGUCUGCCGUCAUAUUUUGUAACCUGUUUACAAAUUACUAUAUCGCCAGCUGAUUCUGUAAUAUUAUCAACGAUUCAUAGUAAUAAUUUGACAACAAGAGAAGACAUGAUUUUAUCAACAACAAUAACAAAAACUCCAAUCAAACCAUUUACAUCUGGUGAAUCUACUUCAACAACGAUAAAUGAAUCUACUACCAAAGCCCAAAAUCAAUUUCUUAACACUACAACAGAAUUAAGCCCUACAGUAACAAUUGGUAAUACAUUGCCAAAUAAAUCAACUACAACUAUUCCAAAUAGUUCAACAAUAGUUAAGCGAACAAAAGCAACAGAUUUUACUACAACAACAAUACCGAGUAAAUUUUCUACUUUAACAACAAGUGGCCUAUCUACUUCAAAUCCCUUUGAAUCAGUUACUAUAACGCCUGUUGAUUCAACUUUUACAACAAUAAGUGAAAACAGUUCUCCAGGAAUAAAUGCAUCAUCUACUAGAACUAUAACUCAAAAAAAUACAAUACCAAACGAAUCAUCGACUCUAAAACCAAAAGAAUACAAUAUUACAACACUUAGCCACUUGUCUACUAUAAUAUCUGAUGAUUCAACGAUAAUUUCGUCUAGUGAAUUCAAUUCAACAUUCACCACUGAAUCAAUAAUUACGAUACCAAGUAAGGAAAUUAGUUCAGUGACAAGUAAAUCUGUUAAUACAACAAGUAAUGGACGAAAUGAACAAAAUAGUACAAAAGAUAAUGAAUCCACUUCUAGUACAACAACUGAUUUCAUUUCUACGGCAAGUCAAACUAUUACAAUCCCAUCAACCGCAAGUAGAUUACCUCCCAUAACACCAAAUGAACAAACUGCGUUAAGUAAUUCUACAACUGGCACAAUAAGCAUAUUAAAUACUACAAUACCACGAAUAUCAACACCUACAACAACAAGUCUAUCAACUACAAUGACACCAGAUGAAAUUACUUUGUCAUCAUUAAACGAAUUUUCAACUUCAACAGUAAAUAAAUUAACUUCUGCCAUAACAAGAGAAACGAUAACGACUUCCAUAUUGCCAAAUGAAAUAUUAAGUACUAUGACUCUUACAGAAUCAACUCAAAGUAAACCCGCAAUUACAAAAAUGACGACACCAACUUCUAGGAAUGUAAAUGAAUUAACAACUGAAACAACAACAUUAUUUACUCCAUUUACAAGUGAAUCUAGUACUAAUAUGCCAAGAGAUACAAUUACUAUAGUGACAAGCGAUAUAUCUAAGACUAAGAUAAGUGAAUCAACCACUACAACACCAAGUUACACAACAAUUUCAAUUCAAGGAAAAUCAACUUCUACAGCCCCAAGUAAAUCAAGCAUAACUACACUAAGUGAACCUUCUAUUUCUACAAGAGAAUCAACCAUUAUAUCAUUAAAUGAAUCAUCUACUACUACACCAAUUGAAUCAACUACUAGAACGCUAAAUGAAUCAUCUUCUACAGUACCAAGUUUGUCAACAACUACAAUAACAAAUAAAUCAACCAGUACAAAUGAAAUAACUUUUACAACGUCAAAUGAAUCAAAUACAACAAUUCCAAUUAAAAAAACUACUACAACAGGUAAAGAAGCAACUAAUACAAUAUUAAUUGGAACAACUACUACAAAGCCAAGUGAUUCAUCUAUUACAACAUCAAGUGAAGCAACUACUAUAACGCCAAAAGAAAUAACUACUACUAUGGAAAGCGAAUCAACUACUAACCAAACAAAGGAAUCAACUACUCUGACGCCAAGUGGAUUUACUACUAUAACACGUGAAUCUUCAAAUACCACAACUCCAAUGGAGAUAUUGACGUCGUCAACGCAAUCAAGUGACCCAACAAAGUCAUGUGACUCUGGCACCUUAUAUCCCAACCCCACUGACUGUCACUCAUUUUAUAUUUGCAACAAUGGAAAACUAGAAACAAGUACAUGUCAAGAUAAAUUUGUAUUCCAUCCUAUAAAGCUAGGUUGCCUGCCGUCCACUAUAGCAAAGUGUGAAAAUAUUUCCACAACAACUUUUACAACACCAGUUGAACCAAAUAUGUUAUCAACCAGACUAACGUCACCAGAUUUCAAAAUAACACGUGAAUUAACUACUAAAACACCAAGAGAAUUAAGUACUAUAACGUCAAAUGAGACAACUAUUAUAAUGCCAAGAAAAGUAAUUACAACGAUGACCAGUGAAUCUAGUAGUGAAACACCAAGCAAAUCAAUUUCUACUACGCCAAAUGGAUCAACAACUAUAACAACAAACCUAAAAACUACAGAAGUGCCAAAUGAAAUGACUAGUACUUCAAUGACGGAAUCAACUAGCACUGCUGCAAAAGGUUCAACUAGUAUUUCGCCAAAUGAUUUAUCUACUACUACAUCAACUACGAUAAUGCAAAGCGAAUCGAUCAGCAUUUCUACGACAAGUAAUUUAACUACUACUAAGAUAAACAGAUCAACUACUACAAUUCCAAAUGAAUCUACUGGUAAUUCGCCAAGAACAUCAACUAUUACAUCACGAAGUGAUUCAAGUUCUACUAUGCCAAGUAAAUUAACUACUACUACGGCAACUAAAUCAACAACUACAACGCAAAGCAAAUCUAUCAGCACUUCUAUGCCAAGUACUACAACACCAAAUGAUUACACUACUACUUCCUCGAGAGAAUCAACAAUUAUAUUACCAAGUGAUUUAACUACUACUAUACCGACAAAAUCAACUAUUAUUAAGCAAAGCGAAUCAACCAGCACUUCUUUUCCAAGUAGUUUAACUGCUGUAACGAAAUAUAGAUCAACUACUACAACGCCAAAUGAUUUUACUAGUAUUUCAUCUAGAGAAGCGACUAGCACUUCGUUAAGACAACCAACUAGUACUCUAUCAAGUGAUUCAACCACUAUCACGCCAAGUGAAUUAUCUACAACUACGUCAGCUAAACCAACUACUAUAAUGCAAACCGAAUCAAUAAGCACUCUUUCGUUAAGUAGUUCAAGUAGUACAAUGACAGAAAGAUCUCCUACAUCAUUGCCAAAUGGUUUCACUAAUAGUUCGUCAAGAGAAUCAGUUAGUACUUUACCAUUCGAAUCAACUACUACAACGUCAAAUGAACUAAUUACUACUACACCAAGUAGAUCAACUACUACAACAAAAAAUAGGUUAACUACUAAAACACCAACAACUUCUGUAAUUCCAAGUGAAUCAAUUACUACUAUACCAAGUAAACCAACUACUACGAAGAUAAACGAAUCAACUACUACGCCGCUAAAUGUAACUAACACUGUAACAUCAAGUGAAUUUACCAUCACGACUCCACUGGAGCCAUUGACUUCGUCAACGGAAACAAGUAAACCAUCAAAACUGUGUGAAUCAGGCACUUUGUACCCUGAUCCUACGGAUUGUCACUCGUUUUACAUUUGCUUUGAAGGAACACUUAUACAAAGUAUAUGUCAAGAUACAUUUGUGUUCCAUCCAAUAAAGCUUGGUUGCCUGCCGUCCACAAUAGCGAAAUGUGAAACUAGUUCCAUGAUAACAACAGCUGAAUCAGUGAUUUCUUCAACCAUAAGAACGCCUAGUAAGCCAAUAACAUCAAUUCCAUAUUAUCCUUCAGAUAUUGUGCCAAAUACAACAACUAAACCAGCAACAUCUACUCCUAACGAACGACCUACACACACACCUCCGUCAAGAGUUGAACCUUGGUCAACAACGUCUGUUACAUCAAACAGAUUAACUACUACGUCUGCACAGGAAAUUACUACAGCACUUAGUGAUUUAUCUACUAAAAUCCCAAAUGAAUUAAACACUUCAACACACAAAGAAUUAACUUCUACUAAACCAAGUAAUUCAACUACCUCCCCAUCAAAUGAGACUACUGCUACAAUGUCAAGUGUAAAUACUACAACGUUUAGUGAAUUAUCAACUACAACGUUUAGUAAAUUAUCUACUUCAAAACCAAAUAAACUAUCUACAACUACAACAACUACUACAGUUUCGAGUGGACUAGAUACUACAACGUCUACAAAUAUCAAACCUUACAAUGAACCAGAUUGCGAAGAGUAUACGAGAUACCCUGAUCCCAUGGAUUGCAAAACGUAUUAUACCUGUGAAGGAGGAAAACUUGUUAAACAUCCAUGUCCACGCUUUCUAGAGUUUAACACUAUGGUACAAGUGACUAAUCAUAGUACAACUAUUUAUAGUACAAUCGGCGGUAUCAGUUUUUAA